AUGCCAAUCUCUGCUUUACAGUUACACAUAUGCAUGCGCAUUCUUUUUUUAUAUCCUUUUUCAUUAAGGUUUACCACAGAUGUUGAAUACAGUUCCCUGUGCUAUAUAGUAGGAGCUUGUUUUUCAUCCAUUUUAAAUGUAAUAGUUUGCAUACCAAUCCCAGACUCUCAGUCCAUCCCUCUCCCUCCCCUCAGCCCCAGCCUUUGCAACCAGAGAGCUGUGUUUUAUUCAAUGGACAAAACUGAGGACUUAAGCCCCUCGGGUAAUGUCUCAGCAUCUCAGAUAACUUGGAAAAACUGCUCCAAAGAUGCAAGAGUGGAGUCAGGAUACAUAGGAGUUUUGGCAACAGGCACCAGGUAG